CAUUCAAGCGGUUCAUCUUGGAGCAAAUACCAGACUGGAUCCUCAUCGAUAUGAUACCUUAUUGGGCAGCUGAAAUCGCCGCCGAGUACCAAAUUCCUACUAUCCAUUUCUCCGUUUUUGCAGGUGCCACUUAUUCUUUCUUCGGACAUCCACAAUCCUUGGUCGGUGAUGGUCAGAAAAGAAUGAGGCCUUCUCCCGAGAGCCUGACCUCGCCGCCUGAGUGGGUGGAUUUCCCUUCUUUACUAGCUUACAGGAGUUUUGAGGCGAUUGGUGUAUACGAAGGCGUCUAUGGAGGGAAUGCAUCUGGGACGAAAGAUGCCGAGAGUGUUUUUAAAAUUCUACUAUCAUCUCAAGCUGUGGCUAUAAGGAGCUGUCCCGAGCACGAAGAAGGGAGAAUUAGAUACACCGCCGAAGAGCCAUGGAGUGAAAUCUUCGAUUGGCUGGAUAGGCAGAAGCCCAAGUCAGUGGUGUUUGUAGGGUUCGGAAGUGAGUGCAAGCUGAGCAAAGAAACCGUCCAUGAGAUGGAAUAUGGGUUGGAGCUAUCAGGACUUCCAUUUUUGUGGGCACUCAGGAAACCCAACUGGGCAGUUGAUGAUCUUCAUGCUCUGCCUCUCGAAUUCUCCGAUAGUACACAUGGAAGAGGAGUGGGUAUUGGUGGAGAAGGGUUUGGCUGUAUAGAAAUAGAGAGGAGUGAAGAUGGGUCUUUUACAAGGGAAGGAAUAGCCAAAGCUCUAAAACUAGCCAUGGUGUCUGAGGAAGGUGAGAGAUUGAGGAUCCGAGCUAAAGAAGCCGCCAUGGUUUUUGGGGAUCAAAAGCUUCAUGAUGGCUACUUCUGCAGAUUUGUUGAAUAUUUGAAGAAAGGGGUUAGAGAUGGGGCAGAAUAGUUGGCAAUGAUGGUUUCAGAUUUGUUACACAUUUGGCCUAGUGACAGACCCCACAAACCAGGUGGUAGAAUUUAACUCAAAUUUUCUCGAUUUUCUUUGUCUUUGUUAUUUCUUGUAUCUUGUCAAGUCAUUGGAAUUCAGAGGAUUGCGUUGCG